AUGUGCUCAGAUGAACUGAAAAGUGACAGCAUGAUGCCGGCCCGGCCAGGGAACCCAGCAGAUCAGCAGCCCAUCCUCAUUUUGCAGAUGAGGAAAUGGGCACAGAAAGUUUUUAUAUGCUUUUGCUUAUUAUUAUUACAGGUAAUGCUGAGAGCCAGCCCAUCUUUCCUGAGCUGUUUUAAUAGAUUGGUGUUUUCAGUUAUGCAUGAAGGGCGGCAGAAAGAUAAAGGCAGCACAGAUGACCUGCCGGUGGUCCUCGAGUGCGCCCGCCUGGUGGCAAGGAUGUACAGCCACAUCGCACUUCAGGUCGAGGAGCUCACGGUGUUCUCACCCUUCCUGGUGGCCCAGUAUGUGUCGGAGGUGCAGAAGGUCACCUUGUACCCGGCGGUGAAAAGCCUCCUGCAGGAGGGCAUUUACCUCCUCUUGGAUCUCUGCAUCGAGUCAGACGUGCAGUUCCUGCGGGUGUCCCUGCAGCCAGGGGCGAGGGACGUCUUCAAGGAGCUGCACAGUGACUACCUGAAGCACCACAGGGGGAAACACGAAGGAGAGCCGAGGUACACCGUCUGAGCUGGCGUCAAGAAGUGCAGCCCCUCGCCUGGAAGACUCCGGGUGUUCCGAUCCGCGAUUCCAGACACGGGACAAACCUCUGGGGUCGUAUAAUACAUACUGUACUUUACAGUCAGGUUUUUUUCACACUGAGUCUUUUUUAAUGUAACUUUUCAUUCAAUAAGCAUUGCAGUAGAAGCUUGAAAUUGGACCCCGGAAUGAGUGAAUUCGGUAAAAAAUUGCUGGAUCUGUGUUGUGGCCAUUCCAAAUGCAGUUCCUGGUCCUAGUGUUUUGGCCAGGACAUUUGAUGGGUGUCUCCUGUCCCUGUGGGGAACCGUCUAGAACUUGUUUUUUACUUCAGGUACACAGUUAUCUGACUAAGUCCCAUUUAAAUAUCUUUGCCUUUUAUAUUCUUCAAGUGAUGUGGGCAGUAUUCUUGAAAUUCACCGUCUCUGCCGUCCCUCCGAAUGGGUCCUGAUGGGUCGGGGGGUCAGAGCUCACCCCAGUGUGGCUCAGGUGCCCCCUCCGGGUGGGGACAGCAGCCCCUUUAUGUGGGUAGGCAUUCCUUCUGUGUCAGUUCUCAUGUUUAUUUUGGAUUUUUUUUCCCUAGUCAGUCAGAAAUAUUCUUGUUUUUUUCUUACUACCUAAACAAUGUAUUUCGCUGUAACAACUUCAGGAAAUAAAAAUAAAAGGGAAAAAAAUUAUAAAAACA